AGGCAGAUAAUUUCGGAACAAGGAAGGGGGAUGUCGCCUGUUGAAGUGGACCUGGCUACUGCCCUGGAGAGAUGCAGUGGAAGCAUGGAGCUCUUGAAUCAGGUUGUCAGCGAGACUUUGACCAAGGCGGAAGCGGAGCAGAUGCCGAUGAUCAGGAAGGCUGUCUCGGAGGGAGAUUCGCAGACAGCUCAUUUUCAUGCGCACUCCAUCAAAGGUGCCAGCGCAACGAUCGGGUUCGACUCGCUGAGCAAGGCGGCCAAGGCGCUCGAUGAUCUCGUAAGAACAGGGUCAACUGAGAACGCGCAAGAACUUGUUGACAACAUGGAGGAAUCUCUCAAGGUCUGUUUGGAGUACUGGCAAGAUCAUGAGAGCGCAAUGAACUCUGCACUGGAGAGAUGUUCGGACGAUCAAGAGCUCUUUCUUGAAAUCGCGAAAGAGAUGGCCAAGGAUGUUGUCCCGGAGCAGCUGCAAGCUUUGGAAAGCGCGCUGGCAGAUAAUGACGUGGGUGGAGUGCAAACCAGUGCACAGCAGCUAAAGGAUGCUUCUGAGACGAUCGGAGCCUCUGUUUUGAUGAAGUCAGCUUCUUCCAAGCUGCUGCGCCCGAGCGCUCAGCCUGUUGUGCAGGUUGCUGGGUCGCCUUCUGGAGCUUUGCGACAAGGGCGAGACGGGUGGGAUGGCAGAGAUAGUCGAGGAGAUGAAAGGCGAAGUCGCCAAGGUCUCCGCGUUCUGGGAGUGUGCAGAGCUGUCGGAUGAUUAGGUUUUCUUCUCGCUCCUCUCAGACAUGCUCGGCCCAGCCCUCAGAGAACUAUCUGUUUGUCUCUGCCCCCAUCUUUCCUCCGACCCUCUCUCAGGCCGCCCGCAAGUGACUGAUGAGUCAUGACCCUGCCAUGACGACGCCCUUGUGACUGAUUCACUCGUGCCUCAAGGCUGAGGCACAUUGUCACAACAGGAGACAUGUUUAAGUAUUCUUUCAAUGAAAUCAACCCGCCCCC